AUUUAAAUCAAGAUAAAUCUUUGUUGAUGACUUCAUGACAAUUUGCAUUGUUAAUAACAAUGCCUAGUGGAAAUGAACAAUCCAUUGGAACAAGAUUUUCAGGAAUUUAAAUUUUCAGACCAAAGCAAAAUUUGUAAAGACGAUGCAGUGGAUGAUUUGCAAAAUUUUGGUAAACACAUAGACGAUAAAAAUUCUAUAUUUUCUUUACGAUUUCCGAUAUUUACAUGCGAAAUUUGUAGAAAACAAUUUGUAACAAAAAAGCAGUUACGUAUUCACAUCCAUACACAUUUAGGAAGGCCACGUAUAGUUUUAAGGAGAGUUACACAUUUGAAAACUAUUAAGAAGAAGCAUAGUAAUACCUAUUGGCUAGAUCCAGAAAAAAAAGGUUCUUUGAAGUUAACAUUAAAGAAACAAAAUUUCACUGAUCCUUUGAAACUCAAGCUUAAAAAAUCAUCUGAAUCAGAAGAUUUUACUGUUGUGAAAAGCAAUAUUAAUCUGGGGACAGAAAUUCAUAGUCAAAGAGACGUGGCUGGAGCAAAGGAGAAUGAUCAAAGACAUGAAAAAGAUACAGAAAGUUCGAUUAGUCAGCCGUUUGAAAACGUGAUGGUAGAGCAACAGGAUGAAUAUGGAAAUAUUAAGUUCAAUACUGAUGAACAUAAUCCACUGGAAGAAAAUGAUAGACCAUCCAUAGACGUCAAUGAGGGUGAUUCAGGUGUAGGUAGUGAUAUGGCAAAUCCAUCUGAAAAGGAAGACCAAAAUGUUGAUGAUCUACAAAGUACAGAUCAAUAUGAUAAUUCAGAUAAAAGACUUUCUGAAACAGAAGAUCAUGAAGAAUCAGAUGCAUUGGAAGCAACAUGUAGAGAAACAAUUGAAAACUUGAAGAAGCUUGGCGAACAAUCUGGAUCUAGAUCUAUGAGUCAAUUAAUUGACAAUUCAGGCAUUGAAGAGGAUGAUGAUAGAGGUCAUGAAUCCAAUAUGAUACAUAAUUUAGAAGAGAAUCCAGCAAUUAGUAUUAUUUCAAAAUCAUCUACAUUUUCAAAUCAUACAGCAGAUUGUACAUCAGUGUGUGAUGAUGGAGAUAAGCCUGAAGAAUCUGCAGAAAGCACAACUAGUUUUAAUUGGAAUCAAUUGUCUACUAAUUUGUCAAAUAAGAAUAAUGAGAAUUCUAAAGAGAAUGAAGAACAGCCUGAUCACGGGGGUGAUAAUAAUAUUGACAAUGCUGGGUCUCUUUUACAAAAUUUGAUUGAGCAUCAAAGGCAUAAUCAAAAUGAAACAUUAUCGAAUAAUUUACCAUCGGAAACCGAAUAUGUUUCGCUCGAAAAGUUAGCUGAAACUGUUAGUACUUGUCGCGUUUGUAAUGAAAAAUUUAAGGAUAUUGCUCAUUUGGACGAGCAUCGGAGCAAAGCUGGACAUUAUCAGUGCAAUAUUCCAGAAUGUAUUAAUCUUAUUUUUCACUCACCAUUGGAAGUUUCUAUGCAUAAAGCUCAAAUGCAUGGAACGCCCCUUUCUACGAGCGUGAGCCAGUUGUCUCCUCAUUUAAAUACAAAUUCGCCUCAUUUGAAUCAGAAUUCAUCCCAUUUGAGUCAAGCAUCUCCGCAAUUAAGUACACAUUCACCUCAUGCAGUAUCUAUGGAAUCUCCAAAUACACCAAAUUCGCAACAAAUAAAUAGGAAUUCUCCUUUAACUUCUCCACAUCAAAUAAACUCACCUACGUAUAAUGCAGUAGCUAGUGCUGGGCAGCAAAUAAUGCCUCCUGUUAAUUUUGAGCAACUACCUGCACCUGUACAACAAUUAGCUCAACAAGUACAACGUAUGCCACUUCCACAAACGCAAAUGCCUCCAAGUCUUCCACCAGGUGCUAAUACAAUGAUCCCUGGCCCAAAUUACUUUGUACAACCACCAGGAAGACCACCGUUGUAUAGAGUUCCUGGUCCACAGGGCAUGCAUUAUCCUCCUCAUAUAGCACACCUAUAUCCGCAGUAUGGACCCGGUCCAUAUACGCAAAUGACUGCACCGCCACAAAUGCAUCCUCAAUUGCCUCAGCAAAUUUCACGUGGAAGGUAUCCUACUGUUGCACAAAGUAGUCGGGCACCGCGGGUACCUCAAACGGGAUCAACUCCACGGCAGCGUAUGAAACGUCCUAUACAACAAUCAAUGCAAGUACAACAGAACAAUUCUGCAAUGAAACAACGACGAAUGGAUGUUUUAUUGCCAGAUAGAAAUGAAGAUGCAGACUGUCAUGUUAUUGCGCAACAAAAAAGAAAUGACGGUCUACCCGUUAUACAAAAUGUUCAAGGUGCUACUACUCAACAAGCAAGCAGAAAUGAUUCUACUAUACAUCUUACGGAUUCCAUAACUCUUAGUGUUAGACAACCAGGUUCCGCUCCAGCUCAAGUGCAGAACCCAUCAGGUGUUGGCGGCAAGAAGUCUGAUGCAAAGGCUGUGGCUAAUGUACUGGCAGCCAGAGGUAUUACUGUUACUCCAGCAGCAAAUAAAAAUAAAUCAAGUGAACAAAACAAACAGCAGAUACCUUCCCAGCAACAGAGGACUGCAUCUUCACAGCAGCCUUUAAAUGUUACAGCGCUCACUCUGAAUUCUGCUAUUUCUAUCAUACCAGCUAGUUCACAAAAAAAGCAGCAAGAACAGGGUCAGUUUGCUGUUCCUCACAAUAAGCAAAACAAAACAGCAGUGAACGAAGUGGAAAGACCACCGAGACCUCCCACAGUAGAUUUAACGCAAGAUGGUCCACCGCAAAUGCCAGUAGUUAGACGUGGAAGACCUCCACGAGCAUUGCUUACUUGUCAAGUGUGUGAUAAAAAUUUCCAGAAUCAGGAAAUGUUAACGCAACACAUGGCUACUCAUCGUGCACCAAGUAAACUACUUCACAAGUGUAAUCUUUGUCCUGCCCAAUAUCCGACAGCUCAAGCGCUAACAACGCACAAACAAGCGUAUCAUAAAGAAGUUGACACCGUAGCACAAAAUGGUGGUGCAGAAUUAGCACUACCAGUUGUAGAUUUGAAAUCUCCCCAUGUGUUGAAUCGUUUAUCAAAUCUUGGUAUACAGAGCUACAUCCCGCUGUCGCAGCUUAGUGCUCAAACGGGUGGAUAUUUUGGAUUGCCUAUAAUCACGAUAGACGGUGCACGAAAUCCUAACACUUGUAAUUUAGGUGCGCUUGGUGCUACAUCUAUUCUAAGUCUGGGCCCUCUUAAACAUUUGUCAAACAGGUAA